UUGCACCACCCAGCCCAACCCGGCCAUCAAGGCGUAUCCACGAUACCAACCAGCCGACGAAAGCAACGAGCGAAGACGAGAGAAGGUCAAUUGACCAGUCCAGCCCCAGCGCAAACCAGACCACACACCCACGAAUCCCCUCGAGCUCGGGAAAGAGCCGACAACCAAAACCCGCCCAUCAUGAGACCCUCACCCGUCCUCCAGGUGCUAAAGUACAGGCACCUGAAGCUGACGACCAAGGACGUCAACAAGGGCUUCUACAAGGGAAACCGGACGGGCGCCAUGGGUCGCCACACAAAGUACGGAGGCUACGUGAUCGAGUGGCACAAGGUGCGGACGUACGUCGUGCCGGAGGGCUUGAAGGAUUUCAAGCUUACGCCCUUCGUCUCCGAGGCUGUGCGGCCCCUGAGGGGAUCGUACCCCACGAAAGAAGGUCCCCGCGACCCCAAGCUCUACCUGGAGAACUGGAAGCAGGUGAACGGUGUGGAUUAAAGUGGGGGAGGAGAGAGAGAGUCUGCAUGGCUGGAAGAUGAGAGAGAGAAAAAUAAGAAAGGGGAAACGAGAAGCACAGCAUUGAGACCUGUUGCUGCUCGCUGACGGGAGACGGUAUCAGGAGAGACAACCCGAAAAACAACCCCAGAAACAAGGGGCAGGAUCACGUUCUCACCCCCAAAACAAGAGUGUACAAGAGCUGUAUAUACCCUCGACGCUGUAACAAUAUGUAAAAAAAGACAAAGUCACAUUCAACAACAUUGCGGCAGGGUCUCGUGGAGUAUGAGGAUUCGCGAUUGAGACCCCAAGGACGAGAGAACACGAUUCCCCCCAAAAAAGGGAAGACAACAGAG